GGGCGGGCGCGCGCGUUGACGUUUUGGCGCGGUGCUAGUGUGUGUGUGUGUGUGUGUGUGUAUCUUUGUGACGGUGGAAGGUGAAGGACUCAUCAUGUCUAACCUCUGCGGAUCAGGAAACAGCACUCGAGAGACGCUUGAAGAGAGCGGCGGUGAUGAACGCCAGCUCAGACUAGUCCUCAUAGGGAGGACUGGCUCCGGAAAGAGCGCGACAGGAAACACCAUCCUGGGACGACGUCACUUCCUGUCUGGGCUCAGAGCGAGCUCUGUGACCCAGGUGUGUGAGCAGGGAAGCAUUGAGCUACCUGAGGACGAGGUGAAAAGAAGCACCAAGAUACAGGUGGUGGACAUGCCAGGAUUCGGAGACACCCGCUCAGACCCUAGCGAGGUUCACACAGAGAUCGCCAGGUGUGUGGUGCUGAGUGCGCCCGGUCCCCACGCCUUCCUGCUCGUCGUGCAGCUGGGACGCUACACAGAAGACGAAGAGAGGGCUGUUCGGGAGAUGGUGCGGAUAUUUGGGGAGUCUGCUCUACGGCACCACACCCUGGUCGUGUUUACUCGGGGGGACGAAUUGGAAGAGAGCGGCAGCGAUUUGGAAUCGUUUCUGGGUCCUGAUGCUCCAAAAGCACUGAGGUAUUUACUGGAAACAUGUAGAAGCAGAUACCAUGUGGUGAACAACAGGAAUCUGGAGAACAGGGAGCAGGUAAAGGAGCUGCUUGGAAAAGUGGAGAAGAUGGUGAAGGAGAACGGAGGGCAGUACUACACCAACGCAACGUUCCAGGAGGCAGAGUUUGCUAUCCGUGAAGAAGAGAAGAGGCUGAUGAGCCAGGAGGCGGAAAACUUGGAAGGAGCUGCGGUGUUGGCCAAGAGGAGGAGGAAGGAGUGUGAGGGGAAUGCAGAGGAGGUAUGGGUGGAGGAGAGAUCAAUUAAGAAGCUGUGGUUGCUAAAGGAAGGAUGGGAAAAAUGGAAAGAUAGAGGGAGUAGAAAAGGAAGGAGUGGACUGGAGUGUUUACGCAGCGAAGCAGCACUAUCGCCGAAGGUUCUCAAGAUGGUGAAAGCGCUUGUGGCGGCAGGAGCUACAGGAUUUGCAGUAGGGGCAGUUUGUGGUGCCGUUGCUCCUUUCGCUUUGGCAGCGGGAGCCUCAGUGGUGGGUAGCUCAGUGGGAAUCACUGCAGGUGUGACUGGAAAAACAGCAGUAGCUGUAGGGGCAGCAAUGGGAGGUGUGGUCGGCGGGGCCAAUGGGGUAGUAGUUGGAGCGGAAGCAGAGGCACCCAAGCAGGCAGCAUUAGACACUCUGGAGCAGGUAGGACUGUUGGGGGUCACAGUGGUGGGCGGGGCUGCAGUGGUGGGUGGAGUGUUAGGGGUGGGUGCAGGAUUCGUAGGAGGAGCGGGGCUCGAGUGUGCUGCCAUAACCGGAGCUGAAACAGUAAGCGUCGCUAGUGCUGCAACCGGAGCUGCAGCUGCACCCCAGGCACUAGGAGGAGCUGUAGCGGAUGGGGUAGCAGUUAGCAGUGGUCUAACACGAGCUGUGGGAGCAAGUGGCCGCAUUUUGACGGAGAUAGGAAGGGUGGCGGCUGGAGUAGUGCUGGCCGGGGGACUGGUAGUGAAGGUGGUGAAGGAAAAGGUUCGCUCUGCGACUGAAUGCACGGAGAAGAAGUCGUACGAGAUAUACUGGAACAAAUGAGCCGCAGGGCAGAUAAUAAAGUAUCAUACUGCAGAGCUAGCCUAAGCUUUCAUAUCGUCACCUGCUGCUAUCAUGCUAGCGUAAACUGGUCUGGGUUUGCAUGGCAAAGAACACACGCUAGUGCCUCUUUCUGCAGCAUGGUUUAUAUACUCUGUCCUGUCUGAUUAGCUCAGUUCUUCAAGAAGAAUAAGACACGAUGCUUUCUUAGAAGAACGUCUUCUGUUCUCAUCUUAACCUGAAGAUGCCUUGUGACUUAGUUUUCUAAAAAAUGCUUGAAGUAAAAGCACGCACAACGCUAACACGGCUAGCUAGUGAGUCCUCAUCACAAUCAGCCUCACCUAAUCAGUUCUCAGAUAUUAUUUUAACAUGAGUUAUGUAUAACCUGUGCGAAAUACAAUAUGCACUUAAUGUUUCUGGCUCCACUGAUCAGGAUUGAUCAUUCAUUAUGUUCGUAUUUAAUGAAAACUCUUUUGUGCUUUUUAAAUACUUUGGACACUUUGAUAACUUUAGUUAUUCCAGCAUAUUAGCACUUGGACAAUUUUGUAGUUCUGAGGAAUGUUAUAUAAAUCGAAACAGCACUUUUGUGCUUUUUUUGUGAGUUGUGAAGAAAUGACGUUGCUUGCUUAAAUGCAAUGCUUGUAACGACGUUGUGCAUAUUAAAGCAGAACAAUAAAGCAUGGGAAUAAAUGUUG